UAGGAGAAAAAUGACAGAACAGUGUAAACCAGCUAUAAUGGAAAAAAUAAAAAUCAUCAUAUAAAAAAAGAGAUACUACUGGGCUAUUACAUUUGAUAGCCCAGUAGGGAGUGAGUGCUUGAUUCUAGGGCUAGAGGAGGCGUCCCAACCAGAGACAGAAAUUUGGGAUGACUGACACACACACACAGAAGAGAUAAGAAGGACACUGUGAGUACAAAAUAACUGUGAAGACAGCUUAUGAAAGAGUAGAUAAAUGAGUGACUACUAACUGUGUGAGGACAAUAAAGAUUUUGUUUUUUUUGUUAUUGUUUGUUUUCUACCAUAGUAGAUCCUGAAGUUUAUUCUCAGUAAAGAAGCUGGUGUGGGGUGGGACACGUGACGCUGAUAUGAAUGAUUCAAACCCUUGAUUCUUGAACUUGGCUGCCUAUUGGAAUUAGCUGGGAAGUUAAACCAAAAAAAAGACAAAAACUGAUUCUUGAAAUUACUGCCAGAGAUUUAAUUAGUACAAGGGUGGUCCAGGCAAAAGAGCUUUGGAAAACUCUUCACGUGAAUCUAACGUAUAGCACAGUUUGAGAAUCUUUAAAGAGAGGAAAAACGUGUGAACACACAAGAGAAAAACCAAGAGCAAUCAGGAGUGGAGGAGCAUGAGAUGCUGGACCCUUGGUGAAAAAGUGAGGAACUCAUGCAACAAAGAGAAGAUGAGGAGCUGGGAUGAUGCUUGAGUGCAGGCAAGAGAGAACACAGCUCAGAGUCGGACCAAAAACGGCGUCCCUUGCACAUGCGGGGCUGUGUUAGCCAGGGAGGAGUAUUAAGGAAAACUCAUGGAGGGCAUCCUGUACCUCGUUUUGUGAAAAAGGUGGUGGCUAGAACGGGUAGAAAGGGCAGAAUCAUUUUAUGCUAUUAGAGACAAAAUUGAGUAUUUCUGCAAAGAAUAACAAGCCAGGAAGAAUAAGAUAAAAUGUCCAAAAAAGAAAGUCAGAGGAUUUUGUGGGGAAGGAAUUGGAGCCUGUGACCCAUCUAUAGACAUGAUCAGACUGCAGAAGGCUUGAGGUGUAAUCAGUGACUCCUAUCCUGCUCUUUUCUAAUCCUUCUUGAUCCUUGGUAUACGUCUAAGGAGACUUGUCCCUUCUGUCCUGGACAGUGACCACUCCUUUAACUGUCUGGCCUCACUUCAUUCUGGUUGUAUUUCCACCAAAGUUCCUCGGGGACCCUCAUGGGAAGUUUUGGCACUAACAUCACGGGCAUGACCAGCUUCACACUAACGGGCUUCCCAGAGAUGGAGGGACUGGAGCACUGGGUAGCGGCCCUCCUCUUGCUGCUCUACGCUGUCUCCAUCCUGGGCAACGUCCUCAUCCUCUUUAUCGUAAAGGAGGAGCAGAGCUUGCACCAGCCAAUGUACUACUUCCUGUCUGUGUUGUCCGUCAAUGACCUGGGUGUGUCCUUGUCUACUCUGCCCACGGUCCUGGCUACCUUGUGCUUUCGUGCACCAGAGGCUGCCUUGGAUGCCUGCCUGACCCAGAUGUUCUUCAUCCACUUUUUCUCCUGGACAGAGUCUGGGGUCCUGUUGGCCAUGAGUUUUGACCGCUAUGUGGCCAUCUGUAACCCCUUGCAUUAUUCUACGGUGCUCACUGAUACCCGUGUGGCUCACAUGGGCAUAUCCAUCACCCUCCGCAGCUUCUGCAUGGUCUUCCCACUGCCUUUCCUUCUGAAGAGGCUGCCCUUCUGUAAAGACACCGUGUUGACCCACUCCUACUGCUUGCACCCAGACCUGAUCCGCCUGCCCUGUGGAGACACCACCAUCAACAGCAUGUAUGGCCUGUUCAUUGUCAUCUCUGCCUUUGGUGUGGACGCUGUGCUCAUCCUCCUCUCCUACGCGCUCAUACUGCGCUCCGUGCUGGCCAUUGCCUCCCAGGAGGAGAGGCUUAAGACCUUCCACACAUGUGUGUCUCACGUCUGCGCUGUGCUCAUUUUCUAUGUCCCCAUGGUCAGUGUGUCCAUGGUCCAUCGGUUUGGGAAGCACGCCCCUGAGUAUAUACACAAGUUCAUGUCCCUGGUAUAUCUCUUUGUGCCUCCAGUGCUCAACCCCAUCAUCUAUUCUGUUAAGACUAAGGAGAUUCGUAAGAGGCUACACAAGAUGUUACUGGGACCUAAGCACUAAUCAGACAGAGAGAGUUUGUUGUUAUUGCUGAUGUUUGGGCUUCUAAGCUUGUCUGUUGGACGGUGUUAAUAUUCUAUACAUGGACCUACAGUUGGGUACCUACUGUUAGCUGUAUGGUGUAGCCUGGCUGUAAUCCAUAACUUAAAAUAUCAAGCUGCCCUAACAAAAGCACAGGUUGCCAAAAGGACUUCUCUUGGACUCAAUAAAGAAGCGAGUUUUUAACCAAAUCCUUUUAUUUGUCCCAAUCUACUAGUAUCAUACACAC